AUUUGGUUCUUCUAUAGUUACUUAGACAAGAUCCUAUCGAAGAAAACAGAGCAUUUGUGAUCAUAUUCAUGAGUAGGGUUUCUUCUUCUCGGAUUCUGAAAGAUUCUAAUGGAGAUAUCGGUGAGCAUCUUCGUAACCAUAUUCAUUUAACCAACUGUAUUCACUUGAAGAAUCAUAUGCACAACAAUAAACAGAGUCCGGUUUUAACCGACCGGUCUCUUCUUAUGAGAGAUCUUGUCGUUCUCCAGAGAUCAAGAUCACUUCGUGACCCAUCAGCGAGCCCGAAGUUGAGAGAAGAUCAUAAGGAUUCACGUGAGGGAAGAAGAAGAUCUGGUCUUAGGUUGUCUGGUUCUUCUCCAAUUGUGAGUUUUGGGACAUCUAAAGUAACUCCUUCUGAUGAAAAGUUUGAUAGGUCGAGUAGGAAUAGUUAUAGAGUAGAAGAUGUGAAUGAGGUUUAUAGUGUUGCUUCGGUGAAAUCGGUAUCGAAAGAUAGGGUUAAUAAGGCUAAUGAAGGUAUUUUCAAGACUUUGUCUGAUCAGUUAAAUGAGGUUGGAGGUGAUAGUGAUGAUUUAGUGUCUUGUAAUGUUGGACCGCGCAGUAAUGGGCGAAAAAGACGGAAGUUUAGAGGGGCGAGGAGAGCGGGACGGGCGGUUAAUGUUAGAGAUAAUGCUGGUAAUGAGAGUGAGAUGUCUAUUGCUUCUAACUCGGUGCCUCGUGGUGAGAAGUAUGAGGGUGAAGAAGGAGGAGGGAGAGAUAGAGAACAGAACAUUAGUGGAGCUGUUCCGAGAAACGGUUGUGGAAUACCGUUUAAUUGGUCAAGAAUUCAUCAUAGAGGUAAAACUUUUCUUGAUAUAGCUGGUAGGAGUUUAUCUUGUGGAAUAUCUGAUUCAAAGGGAAGGAAAGGCGAAGCUGGUAUGCCGAUGUUGUCUGAUUCAAGCUCCUCUGAUCGCGAGGCGUUACCUCUUUUAGUCGAUAGCGCAGAGAAUGAAGAAUGGGUGCAUGAUUACUCGGGUGAAUUGGGUAUCUUCGCCGACAAUUUGCUCAAGAAUGGAAAAGAUUCAGGCUUUGGUAAGAAGAGCAGUCGCAAAAAUGCUCGGUGGCAUCAAAGUUUUACGCAGAAGUACGCUCCAAGAACAUUCCGGGAUCUUUUAGGACAGAGUCUGGUGGUGCAAGCUCUUUCUAACGCUGUUGCUAAACGAAGAGUUGGACUUCUUUACGUAUUCCACGGUCCAAAUGGAACCGGAAAAACAUCUUGUGCUCGGAUAUUUGCUAGAGCUUUGAACUGUCAUUCUACAGAACAAUCAAAGCCUUGUGGCGUAUGCAGUUCGUGUGUUUCUUAUGAUGAUGGUAAGAACCGGUACAUUCGGGAAAUGGGUCCUAUAAAAAGUUUUGACUUCGAGAACUUGCUCGAUAAAAUGAAUAUUCGUCAGCAGCAAAGGCAGCAGCUUGUGUUAAUAUUCGAUGAUUGCGAUACUAUGUCAACAGAUUGUUGGAAUGCGCUUUCGAAAAUAGUGGAUCGAGCACCUCGUCGUGUGGUUUUCAUUCUUGUAUGUUCGAGUCUUGAUGUUUUACCUCACAUUAUCGUUUCGAGGUGUCAGAAAUUCUUUUUCCCUAAGCUCAAAGACGCAGAUAUCAUCGAUUCUUUGCAACUUAUUGCAUCAAAAGAAGAGAUUGAUAUCGAUAAAGAUGCAUUAAAGCUUGUUGCUUCGAGAUCAGAUGGUUCCUUGAGAGACGCAGAAAUGACUCUAGAACAGCUGAGUUUGCUUGGCACAAGAGUAUCUGUUCCUUUAGUUCAAGAAAUGGUUGGGUUAAUAUCUGAUGAGAAAUUAGUUGAUCUUCUUGAUCUAGCCUUAUCCGCGGAUACUGUAAACACCGUAAAGAACCUAAGAAUAAUAAUGGAAACCGGCCUAGAACCAUUAGCUUUGAUGUCACAGCUCGCAACAGUCAUAACCGAUAUCCUCGCGGGAAGCUAUGACUUCACUAAAGAUCAGUGUAAAAGAAAGUUUUUCCGGCGACAACCACUGUCUAAAGAAGAUAUGGAGAAGCUGAAGCAAGCUUUAAAAACACUAUCUGAAUCAGAAAAACAGUUGAGAGUAUCGAACGAUAAACUAACUUGGCUCACUGCUGCACUGCUCCAGCUAGCUCCUGAUAAACAGUACUUGCUUCCGCAUAGUUCUUCCGCUGACGCUAGCAUUAACCAUACUCCAAUAAUGGAUUCGGAUCAUUCAAAUAACGCUGUAGCCGGAACAAGAAGAGAUGGUAGUAAGCAAGGUUUCAGUUGCAAAAACCGACCUUCGGUUGAAGAUAUUUGGUUAGCGGUUAUUGAGAAAGUUCGAGUUAACGGUUUAAAAGAGUUACUUUAUAAAGAAGGGAGGAUCUUUUCGAUUAGUAUCGGCUCAGCUCCUACGGUGCAGUUAAUAUUCAAUUCGCCAAUAGCAAAAUCAACAGCUGAGAAUUUCAAAGACAACAUUUUGAAAGCGUUUGAGGCGGUUCUUGGAUCUCCAGUCACGUUAGAGAUGAGAACCGAGUCAAAGAAAGACCCGAAAAACUACGGUUUAUCGCCAUUACGAGGUUUAAGCAAUGGUGAGAGAUUCCGCGAAAGCGGAAGAAGUGAAAUCAUUGAAGUGGCGGAAUCUGAAUCUCCAAUGACUCGAACUAGAAGGAAACACUUGGAAGCAAGUCAAAACCAGAAUCAGAACCAAAGCAUUGUGAGAGGAAAAGUUUCCUUGGCUCAAGUGAUUAAACAAGCCGAAGGAAACAGUUGGUCGAAACACAAAGCUGUGGAGAUUGCAAAUAAGCUUGAACAAAAGAAUUUGAAACUUGAACCAAGAUCAAGAAGCUUGAUAUGUUGGAAACCAUCAAGAAGCACUCGUCGCAAGCUAUGGAGAUUGAAGGUGAGAACAAGAAGGAUACGAUUACAUACGUUGUUGAAGUUUGUCUCUUGUGGGAAAUGUCUAUCAACCAGAUCUUCUCCUAGAUAGUUUUAUUUUCUUCUCUUCUCUUCUUUACGCAGAUUUUUUAUGUAAUCUUUGUAGCUUAUAUAAUCUUUUUUUUUUCAACAAGAUUUCGUUAAUCCGCAUUAUAUUCUUUCUAGGUAAUGAUCAAGUGGUACAAUAACAAAAUCUUAAUUUGCAU